GCCUUGACGGCCAUCUCUGCCAUCUUCCUCCGGGUACCAACGCCAUAACGCUGCACACUGCCAGGCGAGAAGAAAAUUACCUCAGAACUGGACAGACUACCUUGCUGCCACAACCUUGCCCCCUCCCCUCCCCUUCCCUGCCCAACCCUCCCCUCUCCCCUAUCCUUCUAGGGUGCUAGGAAAUGGGUGUGCCUGCUUCUGUAGAAGAGAUGGCGGAUUUGGCGUUGUACGGGCUUCACAGGCUGGGGGACCGUAAGCGAUCUGGUAUUAAAUCGUCAUGCUAACUGCCAGGCUGCUUUCCAGACACCUGCGGCCCACAAAGCCCUUCAUCCUGGUCUUUUCAGCCCCGAAAAAAAGGAAUUCGGGUUCUUAGUCUGCGCCUGCAGUCUCUAUUUCUGCCCUUCAGCCUGCCCUCAGCAUGAAGCUCAGGCUGAACUAAAGGAAGGAGAAAGAGCUCAGAAUUCUUGCAGAUCCCUCUACCUUUAGGCUCUGCAGCUGCCAGCACGGCGGGAAUUGCUCCUGAUCCCAGGAACUUGGUCCAGCUCAGUUUGCUGCCUCAGAAGACCUUUCAAACCCGAGUUUGAGAGCCUCGUUUUGACUGGUGCAUACGUUCGUUCCACUUAAGCAAUCUGGAUCAGAGAAUUGUUGCACGUGUAUCAUGAGCCGUACUCGGGAUGCUGGCUGCGUAGCUGCUGGAAUAGUGAUCGGGGCUAGCGCCUGGUACUGUGUCUACAAAUACACUAGAGGAAAAGACCAGAAGAAGAAGAGACCAGCCAAAUCCAAGAACCGGGCUUCGGUGGGUACUGGAGCCAGGGCUAAAGGUGGACUAAAAGCAGGAUUCACAAUUGACCUUGGGCCAGGGUUCAAUCCCCCAGCCUCUGUCACUGUUGAGACAAUGAAUAAGGCCCAAGGGAAAACAUCCACUCUUGCCACAACUGCAGCUGAAAAAAUGGUGCCAGCUGCACCCAGCCCUAAGGUUCAGAAUGGGGCAGAAAGUAAGGCCCAGGAGGCCAAGGGGGCUGGGACUGAGCCUACUACCAAACCAGUAGUCGCGACUUCAGCUGCCAGUGCAAUUACACCCCCACCCAAGGUGGCAGAGGUUCCCACAGCUGCGGAGGCCCCACAAAUAGUAGUGACUCCCAAAGUUGCAGAAGCUCCUGGUACCAUGGACGCUACUGGGAUAACAGCACUCCCUGGGCCAGCAGUACUUCCUGGGGUAGCCCAGUCUCCUGGGCCAUUAGUACCUUCCCCAUCAAUAGCACCUUCUGUGCCAACAGCACUUCCCUGGGCUGUAGCACCUCCUGGGGUAGCCCAGUCUACUGGGCCAGCACCACCAACCAUGGCAGUGCAAUCUCUUGUGCAAGCAGCACCUUCCUGGGCAGUCGUAGCUCCCCCCGGGGCAGUCUACAUUCCCGUGGCAGCCCACUUUACUGGGCCAGCAACUGCCAGGGUAACCCAGUCUCCUGGGACAGUGGUGCCUCCCCUUCCACCCCCGUCUCUUGGGGCAACAAUGCUUUCUAGGGCAGUCCAGUCUCCUGUGACAACAGUGCCUCCCAGAGCAGUCCAGUCUUCUGGGGCAACAGUGUAUCCUGGGAUAGCCCAGUCUCCUGGGGUAGUAGUGCCUCCCAGAGCAGUCCAGUAUUCUGGGGCAGCAAUGCCUGCCAUGACAGGAGUCCCUUCUGGGGCAGCAAUGCCUGCCAUGACAGGAGUCCCUUCUGGGGCAGCAGUGCCUGCCAUGACAGGAGUCCCUUCUGGGGCAGCAAUACCUGCCAUGACAGGAGUCCCUUCUGGGGCAGUACUGCCUGCCAUGACAGGAGUCCCUUCUGGGACAGCAGUGUCUCCCAUGGGGCCAACAACUCCAAUGGCGGCGGCAGCAUUUGCUAGGGCACCAACAUCUACCCAGAGGGCAACAACCACAGAUGUCAUGCAGGUCCCUAGGGUGGCAGCACCUACUGAAGCCACAGAGGCUCCUAGAAUGGCAACACCUGCCAUGGUGGCUGGGGCCUCUCUGCCAAUGCUUUCUGGGGCUGCCCAGACUCCUGGGCAUUCAGGGUCCUCUAAGACAGCAGCCACUGGCAAGAAAGCUGGAGCUCACACUGGAGCUAUACCUAAGUCUGGGUCAGCCGCUGGCGCUGUGCCCAAAGGCGGGGGCAAAGGUGGAAACAGGAACCGGAAUGGAGGCAAGGGCAAAAAUAGAAAAAACAAGGUUGAAGUGGAUGAAUUGGGGAUGGGCUUCCGCCCUGGUGACGGGGCUGCGGCAGCUGCUGCAGCUUCUGCUAAUGGGGGACAGGCUUUCCUAGCAGAGAUUCCUGAAUCUGAGGAGGGGGAGUCUGGGUGGACUGAUACAGAGUCAGAUUCUGACUCUGAACCUGAGGUUCAGCAAAGAGGGAAGGGGAAGAGAACCAUUCCCAUGCAUAAGCGCCCCUUUCCGUAUGAGAUUGAUGAGAUUCUGGGUGUCCGAGAUCUCAGGAAAGUCCUAGCCUUGCUUCAGAAAUCAGAUGAUCCUUUCAUCCAGCAAGUAGCCCUGCUCACCCUGAGCAACAAUGCCAAUUAUUCAUGUAAUCAAGAAACAAUUCGAAAGUUGGGAGGCCUCCCAAUUAUUGCAAACAUGAUCAACAAAACUGACCCCCAUAUUAAGGAAAAAGCCUUAAUGGCCAUGAAUAACCUGAGUGAAAAUUACGAAAACCAGGGCCGACUGCAGGUGUACAUGAACAAAGUGAUGGAUGACAUCAUGGCCUCUAACCUGAACUCGGCAGUACAGGUGGUUGGGCUAAAAUUUUUAACAAACAUGACUAUUACUAAUGAUUACCAGCACCUGCUUGUCAAUUCCAUCGCAAACUUUUUCCGUCUGUUAUCCCAGGGGGGUGGAAAAAUCAAGAUCGAAAUUUUGAAAAUACUUUCAAAUUUUGCUGAAAAUCCGGAUAUGCUCAAAAAACUUCUCGGUACCCAGGUGCCGUCAUCCUUUAGUUCCCUUUAUAAUUCUUACGUGGAGUCGGAAAUUCUUAUUAAUGCUCUUACUCUAUUUGAGAUUAUCUUUGACAACCUCAGAGCGGAAGUGUUCAACUACAGAGAAUUCAACAAGGGUUCCCUGUUUUAUUUGUGUACUACAUCUGGGGUGUGUGUUAAGAAAAUCCGAGCCUUGGCAAAUCACCACGACCUCUUGGUGAAAGUGAAAGUUAUCAAACUGGUAAACAAAUUCUGAUUUGUGCCCUCAAGAUCUGUGAUGUCUCAGUUUUCCAGUCUGGAAGCAUUAAAAAUGAGAUGUUAUUGCUUUUCUCCUUGUGUGUAUAGUAAAGGAGUUCUUUCAGCUGCCAGCUUAGAAUAAUGUGUCAUUCAGAGUGAUGUUGUUUGUGGCAGUCACCAGCUUUAAGCGGAACCAUUUUCUGAAUACCAAAUAGUCCUGUAGUCCUAUAGUACUGAAGACACAUUUGUGAUUUGAAUUGUACUGCUUGAGUGGAAUAUUUUUCCCAAGUCCUCUAUGUGAGUUGAUAAUGAACCUGUCCGUGAAUGGCCUAUUCUGCCCUUACUUGUUUUGACUUGAAUUUUGUCACCAAAGACUUCAUAUGUGUAUCAUCAAUAAAGUUGUGUGUUGCAAAUCAGAAGAAA